CGGGGGCCGCCUGGUGCGCUCCGGGGAUCAGUUCCUCCUCGCCCUGACGCCGAUUCCAUCUCCUCAGGGGCGGGCCUUCAUCGUAGCGGCCACCCUUCGCCGCCCUCGUCCUCCGCGGGCCCCCUUUACGUAAACCCGAAUCCUUCUCGAUUCCCGCAAUGAGGGGCUGUAGCCCGAGAAGAGAAUAGGCUUGGGCCUAGCCCGGAGACACCGCAGCGGAGUGGCCGGGCGGAAGAGGCGAGCGCCUGCUUUUCCUCUCCCCUUCCCCCCUGAUUUCCAGGUUUAAAUUUUUGAAAUUGAAGUAGGUCUACACGUUAGGAACUCAUGUCUUUUCUUGUAAGUAAACCAGAGCGAAUUAGGCGGUGGGUCUCGGAAAAGUUCAUUGUUGAGGGCUUAAGAGAUUUGGAACUAUUUGGAGAGCAGCCUGCGGGUGACGCCCGGAGAAAAACCAAUGAGGCGAGCUCAGAGUCGAUAGCACCCUUCUCUAAGCCGGAGAUCAUGAGUAGCUUCCUGCCAGAGGGAGGGUGUUAUGAGCUGCUCACCGUUAUAGGCAAAGGAUUCGAGGACCUGAUGACAGUGAAUCUAGCAAGGUACAAACCAACAGGGGAGUAUGUGACGGUACGAAGGAUUAACCUCGAGGCUUGCUCCAACGAGAUGGUGACGUUCUUACAGGGGGAACUCCAUGUCUCUAAACUCUUCAGCCACCCCAACAUCCUGCCCUACGGAGCCACCUUCAUCGCGGACAACGAGCUGUGGGUCGUCACGUCGUUCAUGGCAUACGGCUCGGCCAAGGACCUCAUCUGCACGCACUUCAUGGACGGCAUGAGCGAGCUGGCCAUCGCUUACAUCCUGCAGGGGGCGCUCAAGGCCUUGGAUUACAUCCACCACAUGGGCUACGUGCACAGGAGCGUCAAAGCCAGCCACGUUCUGAUCUCCGCUGAUGGGAAGGUCUACCUGUCAGGUUUACGAAGCAACCUCAGCAUGAUCAGCCACGGGCAGCGGCAGCGUGUGGUCCACGACUUCCCCAAGUACAGUAUCAAGGUUCUGCCCUGGCUCAGCCCAGAGGUCCUCCAGCAGAAUCUCCAGGGUUACGAUGCCAAGUCUGACAUCUACAGUGUGGGAAUCACGGCCUGUGAGCUGGCCAAUGGCCACGUCCCCUUUAAAGACAUGCCUGCCACCCAGAUGCUGCUGGAGAAGCUGAACGGCACGGUGCCUUGCCUGCUGGACACCAGCACCAUCCCCGCUGAGGAGCUGACCAUGAGCACCUCACGCUCCGCGGCCAACUCGGGCCUGAGUGAGAGCCUGGCCCCCAGCACCCCCAGGACCUCCAAUGGCGACUCGCCCUCCCACCCCUACCACCGCACCUUCUCGCCCCACUUCCACCACUUUGUGGAGCAGUGCCUUCAGCGCAACCCGGACAUGAGACCAAGCGCCAGCACCCUCCUGAACCAUUCUUUCUUCAAGCAGAUCAAGCGACGUGCCUCAGAAGCUCUGCCUGAGUUACUCCGACCUGUCACCCCCAUCACCACUUUUGAAGGCAGACAGUCUCAGGAUCACAGUGGGAUCUUCGGCCUGGUAACAAACUUGGAAGAGCUGGAGGUGGACGACUGGGAGUUCUGAGCCUCUAAAGAAGGUGCCUGUUCUUCAUCCUGGGCUGCGUGCGCCUCCGGGACCCUUCCCGAGGGCUAGCCACAUUCCCACCCUCCUGGGGGCAGAUGGGGCAGAAAGGACAUUUCCACCAGGAGAGCUGGCUGCUUAGGGACUGGAAAGGCAAUUCUUGGAGAGAAACUUUACUGCUUCAAGGCUUUUGAGACAUGAGGGAACCCCAAUACCCAGGGAUCAGGAGGGGCCAGAAAUCUAACAUUCCCUGUCCUGUGAGCUCAGGCAACCUGACCUCUGCAGAAGGGAGAGCCACUGUCCUGUCCUGGCCGUGGGGUUGUGAAGUCCAAGCCCAGGGUUAGACUUGCCUGGGGAGCUGUGGCUUCGUAUGCUGGCUCUCCCAUCAACCUAGUUCCAUUCUUCUCCCCUACUCUCAGAUCCUAUAGGUCCAUGGAGGGACCCUGCCCCAUUCCCCCAGGCCUCUCCCUAAUAACUGAAGGACAGGGUAUUCUUUUCUCUUUAAGCACUAGAUUAAGGCUUGGGUGGUCCAUCCUCCUUCUACUCGGCCCCUGACACCUCACCUUGGUUCAUCUGGGGAGCUCCUUCCUUUCCCACCAGGAGCCCAUCUAACUGACCCCUGCUGGCUGCCUUGGUGCUGCCCAGCCUGAGGGGCUUAAGUUCUAAGGCCAUGUUAGUUUCAUUGCCAGAACAAAUUAAAAAGUUCCAGAG